AUGGCGGCCCUUAAAAUUUUUUCGCUCGCCUCUGCAUCUGCGUUCCUGAUGGCUAACGCUGUACAUCAAACCGCAAAGCAAAACCCAUUGACGUCGAGUGAAUCAUCCUCAGCCUACACCGUAAAACUCGGGGAGACUGCCGUGUGUCUCGCCGAAAUCAACGAUGCCCGUGAAGCCGCUGGACUCGCACACUUCGAAUCGGUCAAAACGGUAGAGGAUAUGUGGCCUACAAGUGGAUUACAAAAGGAUGAGCCAGACGCCAACCCAUGGGAUCCUGUUUGUGACGCUCUGAUAGCAAAGGACUCAGAAGAAGCAGAUCCAAAGGGCACAAGUACAACUGAAUUUAAAAGUGGUACUUACGCCUUCAUGGCCCUAUCAACAAACCAGGCGGACUGCGCCGCCGCAGUGGACCACUGGAAGGCCGCCGUCAGCAAUUUCGCCUCCCUUCCUCCAUCAAAGACUGAAGGAGAGGAACUCUACGGCAAACCAGAGAACGUCUCUUUUGUUGCAAUGUACAACCCUUCAGACAGUGCAGCUGCUGACUGUCGAGUCGUUACCUGCACUCAAACGCCAGCUCCAGAAGGCAAAUCCCUCAAAUUACGGAGUAGUACUGAAGCAAAGAACGGCUACGCUCUACUGUGCAUGACCACUCCUGACCUGAUGACAGCUGAUAGUCCUGCUCCCUUCUCGGAGGACCAGUGGAGUAAGAUCAAGGCAUCCCUCACAGGCUCAGCCUCAGUCGCCGCCCCGAGUCUCAUUGCCUUUGCUAUUGCUGCCCUUGGCCUGGCUGCCUUUUGA